AUGAGCGAACUGGAAGGGGCUGUCGCCUCCGAUGCCGAUGACAACGAGGAGGAAUUGAAGGCAUUCUGGUGGGCGUGGCUUGAUCGCCCGGCUUCAGGGCCGCUGUAUGGUGCAACUGUGGCCAACAGCCAGCUGGUUCGGCGGUACUUGCCACCUGGGUUCAGUACCUUUGUGCGGGUGUACAACGACAGCUGGAAGGAUGUUCUGCGAUUCAGGCAGAAGUCGUUCACUACGUGCGAGAUUUGCCAGCAGCUGAAGGCGUCUCUAGCUGAGAAAGAGCUCUCGCUGGAGAAGAAGCUGGGUUGCCUGCUAGCUUACAGGAACCACUUGAAAGAUCAGUACGACGACAGGUCUCGGCUGUGGGAACUUGAGGCCAUGUCCGCCGAUCCAUCUUCCAACGUCUUGCUACUUUCUGUAGAUGGGAUGGAUCAGGCGAAGUUCGCCGUACCGAGGGAUCCUCAAUUGCGCUGUUCUUCCGCACUGUCUUCGGCCAUCCGCCCGCGGAUGAUGGUGCAUGCUUGCCACGCACAUGGAUACACUUUGCACAUUCGCGUCGCCGACGAGACUGUCAAGCAUGACAGCUCUUUCGUUUUGGAUUUGGUUGCCGAGACCCUUGAAAAGGUUCACGACAUAUGCGUGGAUCGCAAGCAACGAAUGCCAGACCAGAUCAUUCUUGCCGUGGCAUGGCCCGGUGUGCGGUCCUGGUUGGGCACGAAUGUUUCCGUUUGCGUGGAGAAGACACCUGCUGUCCGAGCCUGGGCCGACCACGUCGGCAAAACUGGCGUGAAGCUGGAAGGCGGUCUGCUUUGCGACAAGACCUCGAAUCACUUUUUCCUCUUCAUGCUGUAUCGAGACCUGCCCGUACCACUACAAGAGCGGGUCAAGCGUCGUCGCGGCUUUUCCGCACCUGCGGCUCUGGAUGUAGUCGUUCUCGUGAAAGAAUACAUUUGCUCGGACGAUUUGGGCCAGGAGCCUCAAGUCGUCUUGCCCGUCUCCCGCUGUCUUCAUGGCGGCCUUAUCCCGUCUGGUAAGCAUCCGCUUCGGGACAAAGAGUCUGCGAAAGUAUCAUGGACGAAGACGGGGCUCCUCGUGAUCCAGGCAUACGGUGCAGCCGGGCUGAACAGCUUUAGUUUGGCAAGUUAUGAAGAAUACAGAAGGGCGUACGAUUACUUGCAGCGACUGGUCAAUGAUGAUAUGUGGAGGCAAGCUCCACUGCGUUCUUUGCCAUGGCUUGAUUCCAUCGGACAACGGCCGGGUGUGAACGAUGCAGAGGCUUGCUUGCACCAGAGUGUGCUGGACGCAUUGGCGCCGAAGGUACCUUUGCGCGUGGUCUUUCAGAGGCGUGCGAAUGCAGAGUAA